AUCAUUGGUGAACUCGCUGGUGUGCGUCCUCUCUCCACUCGUUAAAUGGUGGAUGAUGGCGGCCUCUAAGCCCGUUGAGCCGCAGUCGAGUAGUGGUCUACCCCGCUGGCAGUUGGCGCUCCUGGUGGGGACCCCGAUCGUAUUGGGGGUAGGAGCCGUAUAUUUGUGGAGCCGCAGCCGAACGAAAGAGAAGCAGAAUCAGGGCGAUGGGGAGAGGAAAACCCCAGAAGGCAGCGCCAGUCCCGUCCCGGGCCAAACGCAGCAAGACGGCGCGGCGAGCCGAGCUAAGGAUGAAGAUAUGAGGCCACUGGACCGGGCCCAAGCGGCCAAGAACAAGGGCAACAAGUACUUCAAGGCCAGCAAGUUCGAGCAAGCCAUCCAGUGCUACACAGAGGCUAUCAGCCUCUGCCCAAAAGAGCAGAAGAGUGACCUGUCCACCUUCUACCAGAACCGGGCCGCUGCCUAUGAGCAGCAGAUGAAGUGGGCGGAGGUGGUGCAGGACUGCUCCUGCGCGGUGGAGCUGAACCCGCGCUACGUCAAGGCCCUGUUCCGCCGCGCCAAAGCUGAGGAGAGACUGGACAAGAAGAAGGAGUGCCUGGAGGACGUCACGGCGGUGUGCAUUCUGGAGGCCUUCCAGAACCAGCAGAGCAUGUUGCUCGCAGACAAAGUCCUGAAGCAGCUGGGGAAAGAGAAGGCCAAGGAGAAGUACAAGAACCGUGAGCCACUGAUGCCUUCGCCUCAGUUCAUCAAGUCCUACUUCAGCUCUUUUACCGAUGACAUCAUCUCCCAGCCCCUGCAGAAGGGUGAAAAGAACGAUGAGGACAAGGACAAAGAGGGGGAGGCUGCGGAGGUCACGGAGAGCUCCGGCUACCUGAAGGCCAAGCAGUACAUGGAGGAAGAGAACUACGACAAGAUCAUCAGCGAGUGCACGAAGGAGGUGGAGUCCGGGGGCAGGUACCUGGCUGAGGCUCUGCUGCUGCGGGCCACCUUCUACCUGCUCAUCGGCAACGCCACGGCCGCCCAGCCCGACCUCGACCAGGUCAUCAACAUGGAGAGCGCCAACGUCAAGCUGCGGGCCAACGCGCUGAUCAAGCGAGGCAGCAUGUACAUGCAGCAGCAGCAGCCCCAGCUCUCCACACAGGACUUCAACAUGGCCGCCGAAAUCGACCCGCACAACGCCGACGUCUACCACCACCGGGGACAGCUGAAGAUCCUGCUGGACCAGGUGGAGGAGGCUGUGAGCGACUUCGAUGAGUGCAUCCUCCUCAGGCCCGACUCGGCGCUGGCUCAGGCACAGAAGUGCUUCGCUCUGUACAGACAGGCGUACACGGGGAACAACCCCUCCCAGGUGCAGACAGCCAUGGACGGCUUUGAAGAGGUCAUCCGGAAGUUCCCGAGGUGCGCCGAGGGCUACGCGCUUUACGCACAGGCUUUGACAGACCAGCAGCAGUUUGGGAAAGCGGACGAGAUGUACGACAAGUGCAUCGACCUAGAGCCCGACAACGCCACCACAUACGUACACAAGGGUCUGUUGCAGCUUCAGUGGAAGCAGGACUUGGACAUGGGUCUGGAGCUCAUCAGCAAAGCCAUAGAGAUUGACAACAAGUGUGACUUUGCUUAUGAAACCAUGGGGACCAUUGAAGUCCAAAGAGGCAACCUUGACAAGGCCAUCGACAUGUUUAACAGGGCCAUCAACCUCGCCAAGUCCGAGAUGGAGAUGGCCCAUCUGUACUCUCUUUGUGACGCCGCCUACGCCCAGACAGAGGUGGCCAAGAAAUACGGACUAAAGCCCCCAACACUGUAACUAUCUCCCCCCACCCCCACCCUGUCUUCUGUCUGCUGAGCCUGGCCAUCCAAUAUCCAUUAUGUUUGUUUUGGUUUAUUUUAUAAUAUAUGUUGACUAAUAAUAAAGAGAAACAGUUCUGCGACAGUUUUCAAGCGUUCAGAGAGAGUGAGCGUGAAUCUCUUUUCAUGGUCACGACCCAGACAAAGCAGGCAGUAAAACUAAGCCAUUGAGAUCUAGGUAAAGUGGUGAGAUGCAUCCCUUUUGCUAUAUGGCACUUACUAAGGCCUGGGUCCCCAGAACCCAGGAUUUCCGGCAAGAUACCCUCUUUACACUGCAGCAGAGACUUCACACAACGCACAAUGUAAAAGCUAAUCUGAUUGGCUGAUCGAUUGGAAAGCCUGCUCCACUGGCGUAUGUGACAUUGUCCCUCAUCCUGCAGUCUAGUCGCUCCUGAGUGCCAGCGCUAUACUUCACUGACUUGGCCCGAUUGCAUGACUCAUUUAUUAUGAGCCCGUUGUUAAAACUUAAUGGCACAUUUUUAUGGUAAUAAAGCAAACAUAAAGUGUUCGUCAGAAGCAAUCCUAGGAAGGAAUUGUACUUGCUUUAAAAAAAAAAAAAAAGUGCUGAUUGAAUGCCAAUGACAUGGGAACAGAUAAGACCCACAGGUAUUCUGAAAGGGGUGAAGAAUCUUUAAAAAUAUACGUAGUGGCAAUGCUGAUGAAUCUGGAAAUGAGCUGAUCGUCAGGAGUGUGGAAACAGAUUGUGUUCCAGGAGUACACUUAGCCGUUGCUAAGGUAGCCAGUCCUCAGUGCUGAAUCUCCCCAGGCUGAGCGCUGGCUAACUGGGGACAAUCCUAACGAAUUGUGAGAAGGUGGGGGGACGGCCCUACUGGUCGAGGCGCGUCAGUUCCCGUCCCGUUUAUUGCCGUGUGACCCCCUUGCGUAUCCCUAUGCUUUGACGCGUUUUGUAAGGAGGCAGGAUAGAAGACUUAAGUUAUGAGAUAUAUAUAUACACAGUUCAGUGUGUUUGAAGCUUCAGUUCCUGGAGUGAGGGGAAACUUGAGUAAAGGGGAGCUAAUAGGUAAGGUGUGGAGAUUUGGGUUUUUUUUUUUUUUUUUCCCUUUUUAUAUUCUG